AUGGUCAUGAUAAUCAACAACAAGAUAAAACCUCCGGGGGGAGAACCAAUUUGGUCGUGGUACUCAAGAGCAAAGCAACUAGACUACCUGAAAGGGUUUCUCAAACCACUUGCAUUCGAGAAAGGAGAAACAGCUAAGGCCAAGGAUCCUGAGGAUAUAAUUGUUCUAUCAGAUACUGAGGAUGAAAUUAACCCAGAAAAUGUCACUGUAGAAAAACCUAUGCCCUUAGUGUCUGUAAAACAAGAACCAAUAGAUGAUGUACAUGAAAAAUUGCUUGUUCCUGAUAAAAAUCUACCCGUGCCUGAUAAUGUUAACCCAGAGUCUGCUGUAGUAUAUGGUCCUUACCAACUUGAACCUCCUGCUUCCCUUUUCACCAAACUCAACUUGUUUAACAUCAUGGAUGAACACAGAAGAUCAACCUCUCUCACAAAUAGACUAUCUGAACCACAAUCUGAACCAAAUCCUGAAACAACACCUACCAAUCCCAUUGAUGAUUCUCCAUUAGACUUUGAGUUUGAAACAGGAAAUCCUCCAGAAUUACAAGUUGCAGAACCUACUGAUGAAGAAGACAAUCUGCCUUUGCGAAAAACCAGGUCAUCCACAGCACAACAGGAAAAGGAAAUCCCCUCACCAGCACGAAAAACCAAGAGAAAACAGCCAAUUGCUGAACAACCUGUCCCUGUGGAAACCACUACUAGUAAGAAGAGAAAGAAGAACACCACUCAAACUCAGCAACCUGAAAGCCAGCCGGAUGUCUCAGCCGUAACACCUCUUGAAGUAAUCACCCCUCAAUUCUUAUCUGAUGAGUAUGCUGCAAGAUGGGACUCAACAAACAAAAGGAAAAUCCUGAGCGAAAGGUAUCUUGAUGUUGAAAAGUUCAAGUCUCAGUGCCAACUCAUGCCAGUGUUUGAGAAGUUAAACCUUGUCAAGUCUGUAACAACUCAGACGAGCUAUCCACCUAUUGCCAUCAAGGAAUUUUAUGCAAACCUUAGCUAUCCACCUAUUGCCAUCAAGGAAUUUUAUGCAAACCUUCUGAAGACUAUCAUUGCCAUCAAGGAAUUUUAUGCAAACCUUCUGAAGACUAUCAAGGAGGCUGGCUCACAUGUUUAUGGACGUGUUUGGCUGAGAGGAAACGAAUACAAUUUUGACACACGUACCAUCAAUCUGUAUCUGGGCAUAGACGCAAAUGACAUUGAGGACCCUGUUAUUGGUGCAAAUACAAUCACAAAAGUCAUUACAGGAGGAACAUACAGCUAUUGGCCUGCUGAAACCAACAUGUUGCCAGCCAAAUCUCUCACAACAAAGUAUGCUAUUCUGCACAAACUAGCCAUGACAAAUUGGAUGCCAAAUGAACACCGAGAAGGAAAACCAGAGUCUAAGGAGAGCAAGGUAAAGCUGCCUUUUCCCUGCACAAUUUAUGGAGUUCUGCGCUCACAAGGGUUCAAACCAGAACCAAAUGAGCCUAUGGAGGCACCACAAGUCAGAACAAUUGAUGCCAGACUCAAACAAGGAAGUCAUGUGCUUGACAUCUUUCCAGAACAUGCAAGUAGCUCAUCCCCAGCUCUGAACCUUGAUGCACCAUUUACCAGCAAACUCACAGCCCAGCACCUUGACAAAAGCAUCAGAGAUCUUAACACGAUCAUACAGAUACUUGUUGAAAAGAGAACAAUUGAGAUGCAGUUACGUGAACAAUUGAGAUUGAGAGACCAAGAGAUGACUGUUGCUGUCACUGAAACACCCACUGAUCCAUCUACUGCACAUGAAGCUGAUUCCACUGUACCUGAAGCUGAUUCCACCGCACCUGAAGCUGAAUCCACUGCAAACAGCCAGGAGGAUGAGUCCUCAGAAUCUGAAUGA